GAUGCGAAUCUGGCGAGGGCAGUCUCUCAGGGCGACGCCGGCGCCGCGAGGAGGCUGCUGGCGGCAGGCGCCUCGGCGAGUGGCUCGGCUCCCAACGGGUGGCCCUUGCUGGCCGUCGCGGCGCAGAAGGGGAGCGCGGGCGUGGCUGCGGCUCUCCUCGAGCACGGCGCCGACGCCGACGCUGUCUACAGCGGCUUCACGCCGCUGCUGCUCGCCGCUGCCGCCGGCCAUCUGCAGGUCGUGCGGCCGCUGCUCGCGCAUGCGGCCUCCACGUCCGCCACGUCGCCGGACGGGUCCACGGCCCUGCACUUCGCGGCCGAGUACGGCCACGCCGACGUGGCGCUGCUGCGCGCGGGCGCGCCGGUCGAGGCGGCCAAGCCUGGCGAUGGGACCAGGCCACUGCACCGUGCCGCCGAGAACGGGAAGGCGGCGGUGGUGGAGGUCCUGUUGCGGGCCGGCGCGUCUGUCGACGCGGCCGCGGCAGGCGAGUGGCGCCCGCUGCUCCUCUCCCUCGUGCGCAGCCACGCCGCGCUCGCCUUGUCGCUGCUCGAGGCGGGCGCCUCGCCUCACCACGCGCGCGAGGACGGGACGCUCCCUCUCCACGCGGCGACCCGGCUCGGCUCCUCCGCCCUGGUCGAGGCGCUUCUCGACCGCGGCGCGCGCAUCGACGCCGCAGACAAGGCCGGCGAGACGGCGCUCCACCGCGCCGUCUCGGACCGGGGAAGCGCGUCCGUGCCGCUGCUGCUGCGGCGGGGCGCCUCCGCCGCCGUUGCAACCUCCGACUACCUCCAGACACCGCUGCACGUGGCGGCUGCGCAGGGUGACCUCGCUUCGGCCGCCGAGCUCGUCGCGCAUGGCGCCUCGGCGGCAGCGAGGGACCGCUUCGGAGUCACUCCGCAGUACGCCGCCGCGUAUCACGGGCACAGGGGGGUGGCCGAGCUGCUG